AUGUGUCAUGAUAUUUGUAAUUGUUUAUUUCUUUGGUGUCUUGUAAUUGUGUUUUUUUGCUUUUUUGCCUCUGUUUUGCCACCGUUUUGUUUAUCCUUGUUUUCUUUCAUAUAUAAACUCUUGGUUUGUCAUUACAACUCUCUUUCCAUGUCACUAACGACCUCAUCGCACUCACUCACAUACACACCCUUUUGUAUUAUUUUCGUAUCACACACCCUCACAAUGUCCUACAUAGAUCUCAUUAAAAGAGGAGGUAACCAAGCCGUCCGUGUAAACCCUCCUCACAUGCUAGAUAUCCAUUUGACAGAACAUGGUUCCGAUUGGUUAUGGUCUGUCUACUCUGUCUUUGGUGUUCUCUCCGUAUUAUAUGCCAUUUUCUUUUUUUACCAAGAAAUGAAAAGCGGUUCUCAAUUGAUUAGAUAUACAAUGGCUGCUCCCUUUUUAAUUUCCAUCAUUCAAUUCUUCCAAUAUUUCACCUAUGCCUCCAAUCUAGGUUGGUGUAUCAUCCAAGCAGAAUUUCGUGGUGAAGAUGUAUCUCAAUCGGUCACGAACAUGUACCCAAAUAAUAGACAAAUCUUUUAUGCUAAGUAUAUCGCUUGGUUCUUAUGUUGGCCUAUUCAAUUGUUUCUAGUUGAAAUGACUGCUUUCACCGUCAAUCGCAAUAACGAUUCCGUCCCCACAGCUACCUAUGGUGCCUGGGGUAUGAUCCAUUCUCUAUUGGUACAAAUCAUUGGGUUUGAAUUCUGGGUCAUCUGUUUGUUGGUCGGUGCUCUUAUCCAUUCAACUUACAAAUGGGGGUAUUGGGUCAUGGGUAUCUUUGUCCUAUUAUGUGUCUUGGGUAUUCAAAUUAAAAGACAAAUCUUUGAAUUAAAAUUAAGAGGUGUCACAUUAUGUGUCUUCUUUAUCGCUGUCAUUUGUGUUUUAUUAUACAACGUCGCUUGGGGUUUGGCCGAUGGUGGUAAUGCUAUUAGUCCAGAUGGUGAAUCUGUAUUUUAUGGUAUCUUAGAUGAAUGUAUCUUUGCCAUUUGGCCCGCAUACUUGUGUUUCAUCAUUUGCAAGUUUGGUGAUUGGCCAGAAGCCGAAGUGGAUAAUAAUGCCUCUAGAAAUAACUCAUCAAGAUUACCUGUAGUCCCAGGUACUGUUGCUGAUGCUUCCGAUGAUGAAGAUCCAGCAGAAUACGCCGCACAGGAAAAAGCCGUAGAUCAAGAUUCGUUGAACGAUUCAGGUGAAACUGCUAAUAACGACGAUGCUUCGAAUAGAGUAUAA